CAGGCUCACCAUCCUUCCGACCUCUACCCUAGGCGCACGCGCGCAGGCGCCGCAGGUUCCAGGCUUCCGGUUCCGCCCGCCCCGGGGACCGAGGGUGAUGGCGGCAGCCGAGAGACUGUCCAGAGGGGGCGUUGAAGAGGCCGUGGAGGAAGAGCAUCCGGGGGCUCUGGAGCCCGGGGCCGCCCCGUUCGGAAAUUUCCCUCAUUAUUCCCGCUUCCACCCUCCCGAGCAAAGGCUCCGCCUUCUGCCCCCGGAGCUUCUCCGACAGCUCUUCCCUCCCGAGGGUCCCGAGAGGAGGCCGAUCCUAGGGCUCGACGUGGGGUGUAACUCCGGGGAUCUGAGUGUGGCUCUGUACAAACAUUUCCUUUCCCCGCACGACGUGGAGACCUGCUCCCGGGCUUCCAGAGACCUCCGCCUCCUCUGCUGUGACAUAGAUCCAGUCCUUGUGGAGCGGGCUGAAAAAGGCUGCCCCUUUCCCGAGGCUCUGACCUUUAUCACCCUGGACAUCAUGGAUCAAGAGAACAGGAAGGCUCCCUUGAGUUCUUUCUUAAGCCGGUUUGGGCGUUCCGUUUUCGACAUCGUCUUCUGCAUGUCAGUAACCAUGUGGAUUCAUCUGAACCAUGGGGACCGUGGUCUGUGCGAGUUCCUGGCCCACGUCUCCUCUCUCUGCAGCUACCUCCUCGUGGAGCCCCAGCCCUGGAAGUGUUACCGGGCAGCUGCGAGACGCCUUCGCAAGCUGGGACGCCACAGUUUCGACCACUUCCGCUCGCUGGCCAUCCGAGGUGAUAUGGCCAGCCAGAUCGUGCGGAUCCUGACUCAGGACCAUGGGAUGGAGUUAGCGUGCUGCUUCGGCAACACCAGUUGGGACCGAAGCCUUCUGCUCUUCAGAGCAAAGCACACCCAUGCGACUCGGGCAGUCCCCGAAUCGUCGACAGAUGAGGCAAGGACAGAUUCUGAAGGGCAUGGGGCCGAGCAGUAAAGACAUACCGUGGAGCGUCUACACUGAGAAUCGUGUUUGCAUCCUGGAGACACCGGGCAUCCUUGAGACCUGGCAGGAGCUUUUGGCAAAGUGUCUGAAGCAAGCGGCUGAAAGACACUGUCCGUGUUCCCGGUUGUUUGGAAUGGCCCCCGCGGGGAAUGAGUUCCUAGAACAGUGAAGGAGGCAGCUCGAUGGAGAUUGUGUUCCUGAGCAGUGAGACUGCUCUUCUGGACGUUGUUUUGUUGGCCGAGGAGCAUUUUAGGGUGUUGGGUGUGCUCGGCAGCAAGUCUAUCACCAAACCUCAUCUCCAGCUCUAAGGGGUUAUUUAUUAAAAAAAGAAAGAAAGAAAAAGACCGUGUCGUUUCUUUGAGCUCCUUAAAAUCUGAUCUGGUUUCUUCAGGCAUUCUCUGGACUUACUGGACCUGCCGUGAGGCAGAGCCUCGCAAUGAAAUCUGCGUGUGAUAACGAGGCGCUGGCCUGGUUACAGGAAGUAGCCAAUCGGGCAGAUAUCUAGAGCCGGACAAGCCUUGGCACGGUACUUACAGAUACUAGAAAGAUGUGCUAGUGGGCAUUUAAAAACCACUUAGAAGCUGGGCAUCGUGGCGGAUGCCUGUAAUCUAGGUACUUGGUAGGCAGGGGCAGGAGGAUCACGAGUUCAAGGACAGCCUGGGCUAUAUGAGUCCCUGUCUUUAAAAACAAAAUAAUAAUGACAACAGAUAUUUAUGGCUCUGGGUGAAGCGUCAUUGCAGUGUUUACCAAAUUCUUACAAAGUUUGAUCCUUAGUCUUCUCAUCCCCCACAAUAAAAUAAAGUUUAAAUUAU